AUGUCUGGUCUUCCCCCCGUCUAUAUCGUCUCCGCUGCCCGGACGCCUGUCGGCUCCUUCCUGGGUUCGCUCUCCAGCCUCAGCGCCAUCCAGCUGGGUUCUACCGCCAUCAAGGCUGCCGUUGAGCGUGUGCCCGAGAUCAAGCCCGAGGAUGUCGAGGAGGUCUUCUACGGCAAUGUCCUCUCCGCAAACCUGGGUCAAGCCCCUGCCCGCCAGUGUGCCAUCGGCGCCGGCCUCAAGGACACUGUCGUCUGCACCGGCGUCAACAAGGUCUGCGCCUCGGGCAUGAAGGCCAUCAUCCUGGGCGCCCAGACCAUCAUCACCGGAAACGCCUCCAUUGUCGUCGCCGGCGGCACCGAGUCCAUGUCCAACGCCCCCCACUACCUGCCCACCAUGCGGUCCGGCGCCAAGUUCGGCGACCAGACCAUCGUCGACGGCAUGCUGAAGGACGGCCUGACCGACGCCUACAAGAAGGAGCACAUGGGCCUGGCCGCCGAGCUCUGCUCCGACGACCACGGCAUCGACCGUGCCGCCCAGGACGCCUACGCCAUCGAGACCUACACCCGCGCCCAGAAGGCCACCGAGGCCGGCAUCUUCAACACCGAGAUCGUCCCCGUCGAGGUCAGCGGCGGCCGCGGCAAGCCCGCCGUCAAGAUCACCACCGACGAGGAGGCCAAGAACCUGAACGCGGAGAAGCUCAAGACGGUUCGCCCCGUCUUCAAGCCCCAGAACGGCACCGUCACCGCCGCCAACGCCGCGCCCCUGAACGACGGUGCCUCGGCCGUCGUGCUCAUGUCCGAGGCCAAGGUCAAGGAGCUGGGCGUCAAGCCCAUCGCCAAGAUCCUGGGCUGGGGCGACGCCGCCCGCGAGCCCGAGCGCUUCACCACGGCGCCCGCCCUGGCCAUCCCCAAGGCCAUCAAGCACGCCGGCAUCACUGAGAAGGACGUCGACUUCUACGAGAUCAACGAGGCGUUCUCCGUCGUCGCCCUCGCCAACAUGAAGCUGCUGAACCUGUCCUCGGACGUCGUCAACGUCUUUGGCGGCUCGGUCGCCAUCGGCCACCCGCUCGGCUGCUCUGGCGCCCGUAUCGUCACCACCCUGACGACGGUGCUGCGCGAGAAGAAGGCCAAGAUCGGCGUCGCCGGUAUCUGCAACGGCGGUGGCGGCGCCAGCGCCAUCGUCAUCGAGAGCCUGCAAUAG